CAUAGAACAGGCAACAUAGCCCGUUGAAGUGACAACAUAGCCCGAUGAGGUAACAACCUAACCCGUUGAAGUGACAACAUAGCCCAUUGAGGUGACAACAUUGCCCGAUGAAGUGACAAGUUAGCCCGAUGAAGUGAACAACCGAUAAUCAUUAUAUUUUUGAGCCUGUCCACCCUUCAUAACCUGGGGCGAUGUUUUGAGCGGCGUAAGCUCGGUUACCGAGUUUGAAGUCCGAAGGUUGUAUCGGAAGUGCCGAACUUGUGUUCGGUUGUUUCGAUUUUCCAUGACAGCUUCAUUAUAAAGUGGGUGGAUUUGUGGCAAUUCAUUUUAUUUCCUAUGAAUUAGUUCAAGUUAUGGAACUAGAGAAUAUUGUGGCAAACACUGUGUACAUCAAAGCCAGAGAAAGUAAAAAUAAAGGAAGAAGCAAAAAAUGGAAAGAACUUUUGAAGUUUCCACACUACACCCUGGUAAACGAAGUGCUCAGGAGGGAAUUGGCUCCCGAUUACGAUAGGAACUGUGAGAAAGAGCCGAUUGGAAAGGAGCUUUUUCGAAUUUUCUGCGAUACAAAUCCCAAGUUCAAAGAAGCUAUAGAUUUCCUUGACUCAGUCGAUAAAUUCAGCAAAGCGGAGGCCUCUAGUCGGCCCGAGAACGCAAGGGAGAUCGUACGACUUUAUCUUCGACCGCCCAAUGGAGUAGACAACGAAGAGCAGCCAGCAGGUCGUGUAGCUGGUGUUCUGGAUGAUACAGCUGAGAUUGCCUACAGUGUUGUGUCACGUUCUGCAGAUGAAGAGUUUGCAAGUAAUUUGUUUAAUGAUGCUGUCAGGGAAGUCAAGGAUUAUCUUGCUGAAGAACCUUUUAAACUAUACCUAGAAUCUAUGUAUUAUUCCCGUUACCUACAAUGGAAAUGGCUUGAAAGAAUCAAAGUUACAAAGAAGACAUUCCGACAUUAUAGAGUCUUGGGAAAAGGGGGUUUUGGGGAGGUAUGUGCUUGUCAAAGUAAAAUUAGUGGGAAAAUGUAUGCCAUGAAAAAGUUGGAGAAGAAGAGGAUCAAGAGGCGGAAGGGUGAAGCUAUGGCUUUGAAUGAGAAAACUUUACUAGAGAAAAUUGAUAGCAGAUUUGUGGUUAGUCUUGCCUAUGCCUACGAGACAAAGGAUGCUUUAUGCAUGGUCUUAACAUUGAUGAAUGGUGGGGAUUUGAAGUUCCAUAUUCAUAACAUGGGAAAUCCAGGCUUUGAGGAGGAACGAGCUGUGUUUYAUGCUGCAGAAGUUACUCUUGGCUUAAUCCAUCUUCACUCACAAAGAAUAGUCUACAGGGACUUAAAGCCUGAAAAUCUACUUCUUGACGAUGAUGGUCACGUUAGGAUUUCUGACUUAGGGUUAGCUGUUCAAAUACGCAACGGUGAAACAAUUAGAGGAAGAGUUGGGACUAUAGGAUAUAUGGCUCCAGAGGUGGUCAAAAAUGAAAGGUACACAUUCUCUCCAGAUUGGUGGGGACUGGGAUGUCUUAUUUACGAAAUGAUUCAAGGAAAGUCUCCCUUUCGAGCUCGAAAAGAGAAAGUGAAAAGAGAGGAGGUGGAAAGAAGAGUCAAAGAAGAUACUGAAGCAUACUCGGAGAAAUUCAGUGCCUAUGGAAGGCUUAUAUGCUCACAGACAUUACAAAAAGAUCCAUCAAAUAGAUUAGCUUGUAAAGGAGACGACAUCAAGAAACACCCGUUUUUUAGAAACAUCAACUGGUCACAACUUGAAGCGGGCUGUACGCCUCCACCUUUCACCCCUGAUCCAAGAGCAGUUUAUUGCAGAGAUGUUUUAGAUAUUGAACAAUUCUCCUCUGUCAAAGGCGUCAGGCUGGACGAGAGCGACGAAGAAUUCUAUAGGAGAUUUGCUUCUGGGAGCGUGUCGAUCCCUUGGCAAAAUGAGAUGAUUGAAAUGGGAUGUUUUAGCGAACUAAAUAUUUUAACUGGUCCAGACGGAGAACCAACGUCUGACUUGACAGGAACAGCACCACCCCCUCCCCCUGAAAAAUCAUCAUGUACCUGUUCGUGUUUUGGAGAUGAUGAUGACCUAUAACACCAUGGUAGGACUAUAAUAGAUAGUACAAUUAAAGGUGUUUGCAUAACGUCAUUUUCACUCUUGCUAUCUACCUACUUUCCACUACAUCACUUUGACGUGCAAACAUUCGUCAAACGCGCCUUGCCUAUUCGCUUGGAUGCACUUUUAGUUGGGUUUCCUGUGUUUUUAUAUAGUCGAGUAACACUGGGGACUAGUGGGGCGAUCACCCAAUGCAGGAAUCCUUAGAACACAAAGGCAAAACAAAAUCCAAACUAGAUAUCUUGAGUUUGGUGCCGUAAGAGGGUAUUAAAGGUUCUGCUGAUAGUUUAGGGGCCUCUUAUAGUAAAACGUUUGGUAUCUAGAUCGAUUAUCAGUUUGUCGGUCGGGCUUCCUUUGUAAUACCACAGGAAGCUCAAUUCUAAAACGAAUCUUCUACCGGAUUGUUUUAUUUUUUCAUUGCGGUUAAACGAGCAUUUUCUUCAAAUAACAAUGAUAAUAUGAUAUUUUAAUUAAGGAUCCCAGGUUUCCUUGUCAAAUGUUAGUCGAAAAGUGGUGUUUUUUGAAUUUGUGUUCUUAUAAUUAUUAGUGUCAAUGUUCACGAAAAAAAAAACUCAAUCACGAAAUUCAUUCAAUCAUGAAAGCCUUGUUCACGCAAGAAACGCACGUGAAAACUCAGAACAAGAAAAUUAAACUGUAUUCGCACUUGAAUUAAAUUUCGGCAAAGUGCGCGUUUGUUCACACAAUGCCGGGAAGCUCUUCAAAUAGACCUUUGAAUCUUUUACGUCAUAUACAGUAUUCGCAAUGCAUUGUAGGAUAUGUUUGGGACAAAGCAUGGCGGAUUUCUUUUGUUUUGUCAGAAAACGAUACCACAAGACAUUGCAAAUCAAGUAGUGACGUAAAAGGUUCAAAAGUUGUGUUUUCACGCGUUGAGAACAUAGCAGACGCAAGUCCAAGUAAAGAGAAAGAAAUUGAAAUUCUCAUUUCUUGUGUUUGCGUUUUUGCUGUUUUGUUGAGUUUUGCAAAUUGUUUUACAUGUGUGAACAGGACUCUAAUGCUCCUCAUGUACCAAGCUCAGCUUCUGUCGGAGGCUAAAAUCCAAAUUUAUGUUAGUUUUUGCGAUAUUGGACGAGUUUUCAGGGAAUUUGGGGAUGUAUAUAUUAUAUUAGUAAUGAUGUUUGCAGAACCUAUUUUUACUCUUAGUAAUCUAAUUAUUUUCCGCUUACAAAGCGAUGUUGUAUGUUUUUUACAGUUUAAGAAUUGUCUUGUAGGUUUCUAUUCGUAUGCACUAAUUGAUAAAAAUUAACUGUCAAAAUUAAUCCUCGCAUGCUCAUUGAGCCAAUUCUUGAACUGUAAGUCUUUUUACUAUUCAAAUGCCAACAAUUUGUUACUUGCUUUAUUUUAUACAGCUAUUUCAAUUGACUUUUCCAAUGGAAAUGAUCCAUCUUAAUAUUCUCCUUCAUGGUGUCCGACGCCAUCUUGAAAGGUAACCCUGCCUUUACAUCGGCCAGUGAGAUUGAUUGAUAAUAGAUACCCUAAGUUUUUAGUUGUGAUAUCGCAUGCAUUUCUAAAUGAAGUUAUACAGUUAUCUCACUUCGAUGAAAAGGAGCAGUUACCUUUACAUGGCGCAGGGAAACACGAAGGGGUCAAUAUACUUUGCUCUGGCAAUUACGUCAAAUCGGAAAAUUAACGAAUGAAUGUUCUCGAUAGCCUUUGUUUCCAAUUCGUCGCCAUUUAUAUUAUUUUUAGAAUCAAGUCAUUGAUGAACCAUGAGAUGGCUAGAGGGCACAAAAUAUUAGGAAGACGUUUAAACUCGUUCGCUUUGAGUUAGCUAUCAUUUUAUGUCAUAAAUUUAAGGGGAAAAACAUAAAAAAAAUGGAUUUUUCGAAAAGAAUCUUACUAGUAAAGCAUUGAUUUCUCAGAAAAAAAAGUUUCUACUAAAUAACAGAAAUAAGAUUUGUCCCCUGAGCGUCACACAAUUUCUUCAUAAUUUAAAAUGGCAGCCAUAUUAUUGAUAAGCGUUGUUCACGUGUGUUGUGCCUUGAUCCCACAUUGCAUUUCGUGCUAAGAUGGACCAUUUCCAGGAAAUAAAGUUUCUCAGUAAAAUAGGUACAUGAACCGGUUCAUUGACAGAAAUCGUUUGCCUUGCGAUUCUUAGUAUGAAUCUUGCGUAUAUCGUCUUCUCCGUUCUUGACAAUCAUAAGAAAUUUCUUAGAAAAGCAACAUUCUUUCUUAUGUAGAUUUAUUUGGGCUCGCUCCAUAUGGGGAAAUAUAAAUUUUCGCUCGUAUUCCUUGCUUUUCUGUACUUUUUGAGCUCUUUGCAUCACAUUAUUGAUUCCGAAUUCAUAUACAGCUGCUUUAAAAGGUGUUGUUGGAGAUUUGAAAAUGCAGGACCGAAAGGUACUGUGGGUAUUGAUUAUUAAUUAUGCUAUUUACCAAUCAAAAGUUAUGUAGUAAUAAAGUGGAUAAUGUACACCGAAAAUUUAGAAAAAAACGUGUAGAAUAAAGAGUUUUACGGUUUAGGUAAAAUGGUAUUUGAAGGACCAUUUUCAACCGACAUUCAAUGCGCUAGUGUUUUCACAAUCCGUUUCUAUUCGCCUUGCUUUUAAGAUCGAGUCGUACAAUAUCUCCAUCCAGAGCUCAUUCUCGACAUCGUUCCUUUUUGCAUCACAUUUUGACACUAUCUGUGUAUUUAUUAAAGUACAGAAUUGUAAGCUAGUUUUAUUUCCAAACGUAAAAUCUCGCAAGGAAUGCCGGUUGGAUGAGUGAAUACCCAUAAUUCCUGUCGGUCGUGUAUUCAGUGUUCUCUCUAGCAUCCCUUUUGAAAGAGAUAUAUCUUCUAUUCUCGUUUUUUGCGUCUAUAGGUUUUUAUUGCAAGUCAAUAGUUCUUUUGAAAAUAUAUUUGAAAAAAAUAUUAACAAAAUAAAUAAAUGAAUAAAAAAAGCAACAGCAGCAACUUCGAUUGGCAACCUCGUUCCCAGGCCCUUGUGCCUUCGCCUCGGAACUAUGUUGUUUCGAAUUGCGGAAAUGAAACAAAUUAUGUAAGUAAGCGAAGAUGUUUAAAUGUAGUCUCCUCAACAGGCAUCACUAAGAAUCAAGGA